AUGGUGAGCAAUGAGAAUACUGCAGCACCGCCGCCACUAUCGUCCAGACCACGACACACAUGCGAACAAUGUGUAAACCUUAGUCACCAAUUAAAGAUCAAGGACACCGAAAUUCGAGCAAGAGACACUCAAAUAAGUUACCUACAAGGCCAACUGCUCGACGUCAAAGACAAACUUCUGGCCAAAGAUUCACAAAUGGAAGACACUUUUGUAAAGUUGAAUCAGAAACAAGAAGAGCUCUUACAACUACACGCGAAAUUCACACAGGUUCUCUUGGACAAAGAUUCACAUAUUCAAUACUUGCAUCAGAAAGUGGGUAAAAAACAAGAGGAUCUGUUGGAGAAAGAAUCCACGAUCAAUAAUUUGUUGGAAAAGUUGAAUCUUCGACAAGAGGAACUCGCAGAAAAAGAUACAAAGAUUCAGGAAAUACACGAGAAGUUGAUUCAUAUGAGUGGGCACGCAGGAACUAUGAAAACGGGAAAAAAUGAGAAUAAUAAGUUGGAACGUUCGUGGAGACAAGAAUCAGCUGAUAAUGAAGGUGCCAGAAAAAAACCGAAUAAAAACAUGGAAGUUUCUUGGAGGGCGAAUGGAUCAGCUCGAUCUCUUGAAACCGCCGUGCUAGACAAAAUACUUGUCUCGGAGCUAGAGCCAUCAAUGAAUCAAGAUGAAAUCGCCCGCGCUUUCAAUAAUCAAUUUAAAGGAGCAAAAGUUUCUGUAGAAGUUCCACAAGGAAAGAGCAAUGGCAUCAUCACCGUAGAAUCGGAAGAAAAAUUGCAAGAAGCACUAACUCGUGGAAUUUUACGGGUGCAUGGAAAACCAUUAGAGUUAAAACGAUAUCUGCCUAGUUCAUAA